AUGGCAACAAACAUGCAACAACAACAAGAACCUCUCCUGCAAGAAAACCCUCAACGAUUCGUCGUGUUUCCCAUACGAGACCAAGAGUUGUGGGCCAUGUACAAGAAACACGAGGCUUCGUUCUGGACUGCGGAAGAAGUCGAUCUGGCGGAUGACGAGUGGGAUAAUUUGUCUAAAGAUGAACAGAAAUUCUUGUCUCACGUGUUGGCUUUCUUUGCUGCCAGUGACGGUCUAGUCAACGAGAAUCUGGUGCAGAGGUUCAGUCAAGAAGUACAGUCUACAGAAGCUAGGACCUAUUACGGUUUUCAGGUGGCCAUGGAAAAUAUCCAUUCCGAGAUGUACAGUCUACUCAUAGACACUUAUGUGAAAGACCCGGUAGAGAAGAUGGCAUUGUUUGAGGCAAUCAAAACAAUGCCCUGCAUCAAGAAGAAAGCCGAUUGGUGUAUGCGGUGGAUUCAAGAUACAAAAUCGACGUUUGCCGAGAGAGUAGUAGCAUUUGCUGCAGUGGAAGGAAUCUUUUUUUCGGGGAGUUUUGCUUCAAUCUUUUGGAUCAAGAAGAGAGGUUUACACAUGCCCGGUCUUACAUUCAGCAACGAACUCAUCAGUAGAGACGAAGGUCUACACUGUAUGUUCGCUUGCAUGAUGUUUACCCGUACGGUAAACAAACCGUCCGAAUCCCGAGUGCGGGAAAUCAUCAUGGAAGCCGUGGAGCUCGAGAAAGAAUUUCUUACCGAGGCCCUUCCAGUAGACUUGAUAGGUAUGAAUGCCAAAUUGAUGAAACAAUACAUCGAGUUUGUAGCCGAUCGGUUGAUGACCGACUUGAGAUUCGCCAAGAUCUACAACGCCGAGAAUCCGUUCGAUUUCAUGGAAAACAUCUCUCUGGAGGGUAAGACCAAUUUUUUCGAGAAGAGGGUGGGCGAGUAUCAAAAGAUGGGUGUCAUGAACAACAAUGAUCGUACCUUCAAAUUGGACGCCGAUUUUUAA